AAUUUUGUAUGAAUUUCGUAGAAAUUGCUGGCGAACUGACGGCUAAUUUGUCCCUACAGAGCUGUCUCUAGCGAUCACCGUGUAAUUCGUACAAUCGAUCAUCAAGAAGAGAGGAUGACUGAGAAAGAAAGAAAAGGGACGACCAGCACCUCCAGUGCGACCGCCUCGCCGGAUCCUACGGCGCCGUUUGUUCAACCGUCGCAACAACAGUAUUAUGGGACGUUUCAAGGGGUUGCGUGUUACACCCAGCCACCGCCUCAACCAGCUGUCGGUUUCCCCCACCCUGCUCCCCCACCUGGCGCCGCCGUCCCUUCUGCUUAUUUUACUCGGGGUUAUCAAACUGUUCCUGGUUAUGCCAUUGCUGAAGGAAGACCUUUCAGGGAGCCAAGACUUCCUUGCUGUGGAAUUGGGGUUGGCUGGCUCUUGUUUAUUGUUGGUUUUUUCUUCGCGGCCAUACCUUGGUAUGUUGGAGCAUUGAUUCUACUUUGUGGCAGAGUGGAUUACAGAGAGAAGCCAGGGCUUGUUGCAUGCAUGGUGGCUUCUAUUCUGGCUGUGAUUGCUAUUGUAUUCGGAGCAACAAAUGGUUAUGAUGAUAUCUGGUGAUACCUGAAGUUAAACACAAAGGAAUUAAGAUGUACAACUUACAUGAAGCAACAGACACCCUCCUCGUUUUCUUGUUUAAAUUUACUGAAGUCCUCAACUGAAUUCGUUUGUUAUGUACUGUAUUAUGUUUGUAAAUUCUUAUAAAUGUCAAUCUUUGUUCACGGUAUAAUUUUUUUUACAAAGUAUGAACCUCGAUAUGGUAUGAUGUUUUGGCAUAGGGCUUUGGAAUUGCCUGCCAAUGACAAAAAUAAAUUGUACAGUUUUGCAUCUCA